AUGGCCGGCACAACUGGACAAGAUCCAAAUUCUCUUAUCAACGGGAUGUUCAAUGACGCUCACCAUUCUAAAACAAACAUUCUCAACACCAAUGCAUCUUAUGGGUCUCUGAAUGACAACCUGACGAACGAAACUCUCCAAAUGACCAAAGCACCGAAUUCCGUCAAAAAAUCAUUGAGGCACGGUCGUCUUUUAGGUAUAAUGAUAGCGCUGUUAGCAUGCUCUACUAUUCUGGCAGGCAUUGUCAACAUAAUAUAUUCGACAUUGGCACUUGCUUCAAAUUCAUGGGGCUGUCUCAACUCUCCAGCUAACAUUUUCUCCCAAACUUUGGGUCCGAAUUCUGCACCCAUGGUCAUACUAAACUGGAUGUGGAUAAGCGUCGGAAUGUGGACAGCUAUAGCACCAUUAGUAGCGGGCUUAGCAUUGUACAGAAGUAAAAGAUCAAGAAAGAAAGGAGUGGCGGCAGAAUUCAAUCCAAACCUUCCUACCGAACUACAAAGUUCUCAAAACAACGACACAAAUGCGGUCUUCACAAGAAAAGAAGAUUUCAAUUUGAUAAGCUUAGAAACUCUUAGUAAUGUCUCAACGAAGACCUUGAAUCAAAAUUCCUACUAUUGCACAAGUAGUGGUAACGCCGCAAAAUUCAUCCUCCCAAUCAUCGUGCUGUCACUGGCUGUCCUUCAAUUCGUUCUCAUCUUAUUGUCUUGGUACAAAUCUAAGAACGCUUCAGAAGCUCAAUAUCAAUACAUUGGCAGCACUUUCACUGUUUAUGAAGUUUUUGAGGCACAAAACAACCAACCACUAUUAAUAAAGAAACUGCCUCCCAGACCGAUUGUUAAAGUUCCAUACUUUGUAAAAAAGCCGGUUAGAAUGCUAUUUACACCGCACAGGCAUGGAAAUAACUUGCGGAAAAAUCUUGCAAUCAAACAAAGAUAUUAUCCUCGCCUGGUGUAUGGAUCCACCUUUGGCAACAUGUCCAACACAUACACUCACAUGUACCUGCCUCCAGCCACAACAUUUCAAUAA